AUGGAUACUCGGUCGAGGGGCAUAUCUGACGAGGAGCUCUUUAUGAGCCGCCCCAACGAGGGUGGCGAUAGCCCUACCGUCGAGCCCCUGAGGAUAUUCAAACCCCAGAGCCCCAAGCCGGCCGCAGACAAGGCCUCCGAUCGUUUCAGAUACCCCACGCCUACAUCUUCUUCCACCUCUUCGCGCCCGACCUUCCCUCUCCCACCAGGCGCCUCCAGCUCGGCCAACCCGCUGCCCUACCCCGACGACGAAGAUCACCGCUUCUCUCAGCCCUCUAAACAGACUCGGCCUCCGUAUUCCGAGGAAGGCCGGAAGACGUCCUCCUCGAGCUACAACUACGCUAGCCCUACAGGCUCCCAGGGCUCUGGUGGCCACAACGAGACGUCUCCGCGCCUCAACCUCAGCCCGGUCGACAAGAAGCCCGGCCUUGCAGAGCGACGCGGCAACGUUCCCGCAGCUCUCUCGCCGACCAGUCCCAGCGAGGACAAGGAGGAUCUCUUUGCGAAGCCACUCAGCCAACAACCGGCCCCUAAGAUCUCUACCAGCUACCAACAGAAGCCAUACUACCCUCCCCCAGGAGGAGCAUCCUCCUCCGGUCCUGGCAAUGCAGGCCGUCAGAACGCGGGAUCGGAUACUCUCAAGAUGCCGCAGGACAGCGGUAUGAACCGCUUCGCCUCUACGGCGUCGAACUCGACCACGCGGGCAAGCCGCGGCUCACCCCCGCCUCCCGAGACCCCUAUUGUCGAGCCCGGCAACAUCCCCGGCGGCGGAAUCGAAGCCCGGUAUGCGGCAGCUGGCAUCUCGGGAACGGCGACGCUCAACAGCUUCCAGCCUCAGAGCUCUGCCGCGGCGCAACGGCUGGCGCAGUAUGGUGGCCAGCCGCCUGCGGCGCCCCAGCCGGCGCGGCCUUGGACUCCCACCGAGUCCCCCGACCAACAACCCCACGGCCCUCCGACCGUCUACCAGGGUGCGAACCCCGUCUCAAGUCCGCCGCAACACCCCGCCGAGCUGCCUGCUCAGCACUCCGGCUCCUCCUCCUCGCAGCCCGGCAGCCUGCAGGUGAGCGUUCUGGAACAAGACUUCCAGCGCAUGCAGGCGUCCACGCCGCCACCGGCUUACACGAGCGUGAACCCCAACGGAGGCUCGUCAUAUCCCAACGAGAAGCAGCGGCCGCAGGCGCAAGCCAGCUCCAGCUCACAGUCUGUGCCCACGACGUCAACGGCGACGUCGAGCGCCGCAGCCCCGGCCCCGGCCCCGGCCCCGCAAGACAGCAAGCAGAGCAUACCCAACCCGCUCGCGUCUCCUGCGCUGCAGCAUCCUGGGCACCCGGCCUUUGCCAAUGAUCCCAAGCCAGAGGCCGGGCCUAAUGGACACCCGGCCCUGUCCCACACGCCCUCCGUGAUGGCCGGGCAAGGGCCUGCGUCUCCGCCUCCACUGCCGGAGGGCUGGAUCGCCCACCUCGACCAGAACUCGGGCCAGUACUACUACAUCCACCUCGCCACGCAGGCAACGCAAUGGGAGUUCCCCAAGGGCCCCAACCCCAUCCACCACGAUGCCGCGCCCCUAUCUCCCACCGCCUCGACAUAUGGCAACCCGCUGGGAUCUCCAUUCCUAGGGGGGAAGCAAUCGUUGGCAUCGCCGCUCUACCCACCGCAGACCCCGGGCUAUGCUGAGAGCAUCAUGAGCGUGGCCGCAUCCCAGACACCGAGUGCCGCCGGCUUCAUGGGCCCACCGCCAAGCGCCGGUGUGGACAUGUACAAGAUUGCGCCGACGAACGGAGUCUACUUUGGCCCCUAUCUGCGAUACGUCAACAUGGACGUCGAGAAGGGCAUCUGGCUGGGCAGCAUCCUGAUCGUCACGGACGCGCCCCAGCCUCCCACGAUCCACAUCCACCUGAGCGUCGACCUGUCGCCGAACCCGCGGCAGCUCGUCCCGCACAGCAUCUACACGCACCAGAGGUGGUCCUUCUACAAGUACGACCUCGACCUGCAGAUGGGCGAGGGCGGCAGCGAGAGGUGGACCUACGCCGUCACGUCGCACAUGGGCUGCACGAGGUACGAGUUCGUCGUCGCGGGCCGGCACGAGCCCGGCUGGCGGCUGGUCGCGCACUCGGGCAACGACUUCACGCCCGCGACGUCGCAGGCCGAGCGGGGCCGGCUCGGCGGCGUCGGCUUCAUGUGGAAGGACGUGCUGCAGAAGAACGUCGACUGCGGCGGCUUCCACGUGCAGCUCGGCCUCGGCGGGCAGAUCUACGGCGACCGGCUGUGGAAGGAGGUGCCGCUGCUCAAGCAGUGGCUGGCCAUGCAAGGUAGGGAGAACCGCAAGAACGCGCAGUGGACGGCGCGGCACGAGGAGGACGUCACGCACGCCUACUUCCACUACUACACCUCGCACUUUGACCAGCCCUUCCUCCGGGAGGCCUUUGCGCAGAUCCCGCACAUCCUGCAGCUCGACGACCACGACAUCUUCGACGGCUUCGGCUCCUACCCGGAGUACAUGCAGCAGUCGGCCAUCUUCAAGAACAUCGGCCGCGUCGCCAUCGAGAUGUACCUGCUCUUCCAGCACCACACCACGGUCGAGAUCCUGCGCAACGUCAGCUCCGACCUCGACCUCUUCACCAUCACGGGCAACGGCUGGCACUUUGUCAAGUACCUCGGCCCCGCCGUCGUCGUCGUGGGGCCGGACUGCCGCUCCGAGCGCACGCAGGCGCGCGUCAUGGCGGGCCCCACCUACCAGGGCAUCUUCCCCAAGGUGGCGGUGCUGCCGCCGAGCGUGCAGCACUGCAUCUGGAUGGUGUCGGUGCCGCUCGUGUACCCGCGCCUCGACACGGUCGAGACGCUGGCCAACACGUUCGCCACGGGCAAGAAGGCCGUCAACACGACGUACAACCUGCUGGGCAAGGUGACGAGCUCCGUCGCCGGCGUCGUGGGCGGCAAGGAGGUCGUCGCGCAGGGCUUCAGCCAGGUCAAGAAGGCCGUCGGCAAGGGCGGGCUCAUGGGCAACGUCUUCAACCAGUUUGGCGACCUCGACAUCGCCGAGGAGCUCAAGGACCUGUGGACGCACGAGUCCAAGGACCUCGAGCGGACGUACCUGAUCCGCACGCUGCAGGGCAUCGCGCAGCAGAAGGGCAUCCGCAUGACGUUCUUGUCCGGUGACGUCAACUCGUGCGGCGCCGGCCUCGUGCACGACCCGGCCCACCCCUCGGACCACAAGACCAUGUACCAGGUCAUCACGAGCCCCAUCGUCGCCUCCCCCGCGGGCAACUACAUGCUCAAGAUGCUGCACAACAACAGACUACUAUACGUGCCGCAGAACGGCCACCGGUCCUCCAGCCACCACACGGGCUCCUCCUCCUCGUCGUCCCAGCAGGAGUCCUCGGACACCAAGGAGGACAUGAUGGAGAUCUUCCAGGUCGACGCGUCGGGCGCGCCGCGGGAGAUGAAGAAGCUCAUGGGCCGGCGCAACUACGUCGCGAUCGUGGCGUACGACCCCGAGGCCGUGGCGGGCACGGGCUACGCCGCGGCGUCGGUGAGCGGGCAGCAGGGGCUGCAGAGCAAGUUGAGCCUCGCGGUCGACUUUGUCGUGCAGGGCGACGGGGCGUUCAACGGGCCGACCAAGUACGGGCCCGUCAUCGUGCCGCAUCUCGAGUACGGGCACUGA